GUUGUAGUUGUAGGAUCUCGGUUCACCUCCACCUCCUCUCUUUCCUCCACAGGACCACUGCCGUGGAUGGUUGGGCGUUAGUGCGUGUUUGUUUUGCUCUGAUGGCGAACAUGAGGAGUAGUGUGUGCAUGGAAACCCCACACGCUCAUGGCCACGCCCACGGCCACACCCACAACUACAACCCCACCCCUGGGCGGGACUUUCCUCUACAGAUCGACUCGUGCGUGAACCCCGUGUUGGACUACAGCACGCAGAUGGAGCGCUACCGCUCUUUUGCCACCUUCUAUAAGAACAGCACGGCCGCCGCGGCCCCAUUUCCCCAGACCGCCAAAAUCGCGCGAAUUGCCACGCCCCUUUUCCCCUCGGCCCGCCUAUCGGCGAUGCCGCCCUGGCCCUGCGACAACGCCAUGCUGUGGGGGCGAAAGCCUGCCACGGUUAACGUUAACGGACCUCACACACAUCGGACUGGCAUGUCGAGGGCGGAGCCUGUGAACGUGCACAUGUCCGGCAAACACAUUCCACAAGACUCCGCCCUCCCGAUGGGCGCUGACAACUUCCUGUCGCCGCUAGCCGCGGAGCAAUGCCGCGGUCUUCCCGUAACGGGGGCCGAUUGCAUGAACCGACUGAAGUGUCCGCCGUCUGUGCCGCCCGGAGAGGUGGAUCGAGGCGGGACGUUUGGAGGGAUGCCCCCAUUGGGGGGUCUGUCGCUCCCGCCGGGGGUCAUCGUCAUGACGACGCUACACUCUGGUGCAGGGUCGUCGGGGGUCACGAUGUCAGACAGCGCGUUUCAGAUCGCCAACGUGGCGGCGGACUGCCAGCACAGCGGCUCGUCCUGCUCCGGUUCGCCCGCCGCCCUUAACGGAAACGCCAACGGCAGUUGCAGCAGCGCUAGCAGCAACGGUAGCGGAGCGGCUAAGCGUAAACGUAAACGCUGCGGCGUCUGCGCCCCCUGCAGGAGGCUCAUUAACUGCGGCGUGUGCAGCUCCUGUCGAAACCGAAAGACGGGUCAUCAAAUCUGCAAGUUCAGAAAGUGUGAAGAACUCAAGAAGAAACCGGGCAGCACGAUGGAGAGAGCACCGUCAGUAGGAGCCGCCGACACUUUCCGCUGGUUCUUCUGAAGAACCCACCAUCGAUCCACGUCAUACAACCGGACUCAAACACUAGAAGAACUGCAGGUCAUACACCUACAAUCUACCCUUCCCCUCAGGACUCACUGUGGCCCGUUUAGCACUGGGGGCGUCAGGUGCACAUGCCCCGCCGGAGAGACGUCGAGGGCAAGUCUCUGGGUCUCAGACUGACCUCACCUCAACCAAACACCAACGGACGUAGAGAAACAGGGACUUGAAUUCAGUCGUAUCAGGACCCCAUCCGAGCCUAAAGGAACAGUUCACCUGAAAUCGAAUAUAUGGUCGUCAUUUACUCACCCUCAUGUCGUUCUGAUCACUUGCUUGCUUCUACGAAAGGCAAAAGGAGGUUAUUUGAAGAGCAUGCAUUGAAGCGAGCUCUGUCAAACUCUAAAAUGACAAAACAAACAGCAUAAAAGCAUAGUAAAAGAAGUCCAUAAGAUUAAUGCACUACAUUAUAGGUUCUCUGAAGUCAGUUUUGUGUUGGGAAAAGACACACGUUUAGUCACAAACAACCAUUUGACUUCCCCUUUGAUUUGAUCAACCAGGAUAUUCUUCAAGAAUUCACCUUUUUUCCACAGAAGAACGUAAGUCAUACAGGUUUAGGUUUAUACAAGCAGUCCAUACGGUUAAUACACUAUAUUAUAGGUUAUCUGAAUUUUGCACAUUUU